AUGAAGUUCUUGACGUCGAGUGAGGUUCGGUCAACUUUUAUCAACUUUUUCCGCGAUAAAAAAGAGCACACUUAUGUGCAUUCUUCAUCGUUCAAACCUCUUUUCCUCGGAAUUGCUGACCCGAACAGCGAUCUCGCCAAACUCAAGCGCGCUGUAAACACUCAAAAAUGCAUCCGAGCUGGUGGAAAGCAUAAUGAUCUUGACGACGUUGGAAAAGAUGUCUACCAUCACACCUACUUCGAAAUGCUUGGAAAUUGGUCAUUCGGAGAUUACUUCAAGAAAGAAAUUAUCACCUGGGCAUGGGAAUUGCUCACCAAAGUUUACGAGAUUCCUGCCGAUCGUCUUUACGUUUCUGUUUUCGGUGGAGAUGAAGCGAACGGUGUUCCAGCCGACACGGAGGCUCGCGAAAUCUGGAGAUCCGUGGGCGUUCCGGAAAACCGAAUUCUCAAUUUCGGAAUGAAGGACAACUUCUGGGAGAUGGGAGAUGUUGGACCGUGCGGCCCAUGUUCGGAAAUUCAUUAUGAUCGAAUCGGAGGUCGCGACGCGUCGAAUCUUGUCAAUGCUGAUGAUCCAAUGGUCGUCGAGAUUUGGAAUUUAGUCUUCAUCCAAUUCAAUCGCGAAGAAGGAGGCGUUCUCAAACCACUUCCUGCAAAACAUAUCGAUUGUGGUCUCGGAUUAGAGCGUUUGAUUGCGGUCAUGCAAAAUAAGACGAGUAAUUAUGAUACCGACAUUUUCGUACCAAUUUUUGAUGCGAUUCAUCAGGGAAGUGGCAUCCGCCCAUACACUGGUCACAUUGGAGAUGAAGACGUUGACGGUGUCGAUAUGGCUUACCGUGUCGUAGCUGAUCACAUCCGAACCCUCACAAUCGCGCUCUCUGAUGGUGGUCGUCCUGACAACUCGGGCCGCGGAUACGUUCUCCGUCGCAUUCUUCGGCGCGGAGUUCGUUAUGCUACCGAGAAGCUCAAUGCGCAGCCCGGAUUCUUCGCAAGUCUCGUGCCUGUCGUCAUUAGCAUUUUGGGCGAGACAUUCCCUGAAUUAAGAAGAGACCCAGAAACUGUUAUCGACAUCAUUAAUGAUGAAGAAAAACAGUUCUUGAAGACCCUCUCACGUGGACGAGUCCUUUUCCAGAAAGCGGUUGCGUCCCUUCCAGAAGGCACCAAGACUUUCCCAGGAGACGUCGCCUGGCGAUUAUACGAUACGUAUGGAUUCCCGGCUGAUUUGACUCAGUUGAUGGCUGAGGAGAAGGGAUUGACUGUUGAUAAUGCUGCAUUCGAAGAGGCCCGCAAAAAAGCAAUUGAGACAUCGGCUGCCGGUGCUGGAAAAUUCAGAGACACAUUGGAUUUGAAUGUUCACGCGUUGGCUGAGCUCCAGCAGAAGGGAGUUCCAACUACCGAUGAUUCGCCGAAAUACGCUUAUUCCUUCACUGGUGAAGGUGCCAAUGCGGUUUAUAAAUUCGAACCAUGCGUUGGAAAGAUUCUGGCAAUACGCAAGGAUGGUCAAUUCGUUGAUAUGAUUGAAGCUGGAGAGGAAGGGGCGAUUCUUCUUGAUCGUACUAAUUUCUACGCGGAACAAGGAGGCCAGAUCUACGAUAUCGGAGUUCUUACAAAGGUUAACGAGGAGUCUAUGGAGUUCAACGUGACAAACUGCCAAGUUCGUGGAGGUUACAUUGUGCUGGUUGGCUCUGCUGAAGGCUCAUUCAAGGUUGGAGAUGAUGUCAAUCAGAAAUUCGAUGAAGAUCGAAAGCAGCUUAUCAUGAAGAAUCACACUGGAACCCAUGUCCUUAACUACGCAUUGAGAAAAGUGCUGAAGGAUUCGGAUCAGAAAGGGUCCCUCGUUGCACCGGAUCGUCUUCGUUUUGAUUUCACGAACAAACAAGCAAUGACUGUGAAACAAGUUAAAGAAGCUGAAGAAUACGCUCAAGCUUUGAUCGACACGAAAGGAAAUGUGUAUGCGAAGAAUUCGCCACUUGCAGACGCGAAGAAGAUUCGCGGAUUGCGAGCUAUGUUCGAUGAAACUUAUCCAGAUCCAGUUCGAGUCGUCGCUGUUGGAACCCCAGUUGAAGAACUUCUUAAGAAUCCUGAUGCUGAUGCUGGUGAUAAUACUACCGUUGAAUUUUGUGGUGGAACGUGA